UAUUGAGAUUUGAUCAGGCAUUGCCUUUUCGAAGAGCUGCGUCACCAUAACGCACCGUUUCAUUCCUCUUCCUCACUCAGUCCCUAUUCCUUCCUCCUCUUCUUUUCUUUCCUCCCUGAACUCUGCGCAGUACAAUCACGCGAACCACAUAAAAAGGGUUUCUGGUUUCGUUGCUCCACACAACACAAUCAACAAUGGCAGACAAACCCCAACCGGUUCGGGUAGUGUACUGCCCCGUGUGCUCUAUGCCACCCGAAUACUGCGAAUUCGGACCCGAUUUCGAAAAAUGCAAACCCUGGUUGAUCCAAAACUUCCCUGACCUAUAUCCCGAUCUUCUCAAAGAAACGAAUGAAAGGGAUGCUGAUAAAGUUGCUGAUAAGCUUCAAGGUACCGGUAUAUCUUCGGGGUCUAGUGAUGGAGCUGCUACCUCAGCACCAAAGCAAGAAGAGGUCAAGCGUCUUCCUGGUGGGAAGAUAAAGAAAAAGGAGAAGCAAGAGGUUGUUAUUGAGAAAGUCAUUCGUAACAAACGAAAAUGUAUCACGACUGUGAAAGGACUAGAACUUUUUGGUGUCAAGCUCAGUGAUGCUUCAAAGAAACUUGGUAAAAAGUUUGCUACAGGAGCCUCUGUUGUAAAGGGUCCAACUGAGAAAGACCAAAUUGAUGUUCAAGGGGAUAUAUCUUAUGACAUUGUGGAGUUCAUUACAGAUACAUGGCCUGAUGUCCCAGAAAGUGCAAUUUACUUCAUAGAGGAUGGAAAGAAGGUUCCAGCUGCUUGAUAUUGGAAUCCUGAAUUAAUAUACUUUGGACUGAUGGCCAGACUUAGCUAUAUUUCUGUAAUUUUGAAGUAAAGGGUUGAUAAACUUUGUAUCUCAUCUUUUGGCAACAUGUUUUUAGGUAUUUAACUAUUACUGUAGUGUGACAUGAUCCCUGAUGAUGGGCAUCAGCGUAUGUAUUUACGGUAAAACUAUUCCCGAGUUAAUAGUUUGCGUAUAUACUUAUUAUAUAUAGAAGCAAAAGGAAGAAAAGCUUCGAUUG